AGUACAAAUGCAUUAAAUAGUGGAAACUCGGGAAAUCCCAUUUGUUAACUCAAUCACAACAUAUCUUUGACUAGUUUCCCCUCUUUUUAUGAUGGGGCAUUUUUCAAAACUUCUGACUUGUAUAAAGCCACGCUGAGGUGUGUAUCAGCCACAGUAGUAAUCAACAAUUGCGUUCUUGUCACUCAUACUUUCCCACAAGAUGGAAACUUCAGUUAUGAUAGUGCUAAUAGCGUCUCUGAUGCUUUUCUCCAUAUUAGAAAUCUCAGCAGCUCCAGCCAUUGGACCUCCGACAUCUAGAGAAGAUCAUCCAUGGGAGAGAGCAGUUAGGUCUAUACCAGACUCAGAGCCUCAACUAACGGUUUCGCAUGGACAAAAAUAUAACGGACUUCUGAAUCACGAUUUCUUCCUUAGAAAGAGAAGAGAGCUUCCCGAAAUUCCGAAUUCGGAAUUUUCGUUGCAUAGAGAAAGAAGAGAACUAGGAAAUCGUCCAUCGCCUUCUCACAAUAUAAUUCGGAAAGCGAAAAGACAAGCACAAUUUCCUCCCAGUCCUGAAUGGGAUGGUUAUCCUGAUGAUGAUGAUGAGUAUUGAGAAGUUGAGAAGCAAUACAAACGUUUUUAGUAGGGUUUCUGCAGAUAAUAUGAAUAUAUAUUCAUCAAUCUCCUCUACAUAUUCUAUGCAGUUUUUAUUGGAGAAACAUCAUCAAUAAACCUGUUUGAGGAUAAUUUAUUGUAAUAAUAUUGUUUUAUGUAAAUAAAGUCUUUAUUGGAAAAUAUUGUGUUGAGUGUGUCAACAUGGUGACAAGUUGAGAAGCAAUACAAAAGUUUUUAGUAGGGUUUCUGCAGAUAAUAUGAAUAUAUAUUCAUCAAUCUCCUCUACAUAUUCUAUGCAGUUUUUAUUGGAGAAACAUCAUCAAUAAACCUGUUUGAGAAUAAUUUAUUGUAAUAAUAUUGUUUUAUGUAAAUAAAGUAUUUAUUGGAAAA